UCGCAGAUCAAUCUCGACCAUCCAUCUCGAGCCUCAAAAUCUCAAUUGCCUGGUCUAGCUCACGAUACUCGUGCGAGCUUCCAAAGACAAGAUGGCCGCCUACGACGACGGUCUCGUUCACGACCCCCACCAUGACCCCACCAACUACGGCAUGGUGAGUGCCCCUCACGGCCCCGAGACGGGCGAUGAGGGUGCCAGAAUGCGUUAUACACACGAUCCUCAACGAGAGGCCCAAAUCUUCAACCACAUCCUGCACCCAGACGAUCUUUACACUCCGGAAGGCGUCUACUGGGCUGAUCUGCCCCUCGGCCAACGAAUGAAGUUUGUCAAUAGUGUGAACAAUGCCGAAGCCAAGAAGGAACUGGGCCAGAUUGGAGCCAUGAUGAAGAGAGAUCCAUUGAGCCCAGUUGGCUGGUAUUUUAGAAAUGCUGUUCUCCCUGGUGCGGGUCUUGGUCUCGAAGGUUAUGUCCUUUUCUCUAUUGGUAACCUGACGCCUUUGUUCCAAGCUGUUUGGCCAACAUGCUGGAAAUCGUACAAAGUCUGUGAUGAGCAGUGGAUCAACUCGGUCACCUAUCUCGAAGUUCUUGGUAUAAUUGUCGGUCAAAUCAUGGUUGGUAUCAUCGGUGACUCCAUCGGACGUCGCUGGGGUCUCAUUCAAGAUGCCAUCAUCAUGUUUGUCGGUCUCAUCAUGUUGACUGCUUCAUGGGGUGACAACCUCAACGGCUGGGUUAUCUGCUACGCAUGGUCUCUCUUUUUCUACUCCAUCGGUGUGGGUGGUGAGUACCCCAUGACGGCUACUGCAGCCAUGGAGAACGCCACUGGUUCAGGCCGUGUCUCGACCAAGGAGGAUCGUCUCCACCGUGGUCGCAAGGUUACCAUGGCUUUCUUGAUGCAAGGUUGGGGUCAAUUCUUCAACCAAGUCAUCUUGAUCGUUCUCCUCCUCAUCUUCCACCACAGUGGAAACCCACCAUAUUCCAAGGUUGCGGCACAAUGGACCUACCGUGUCUCGUUCGCUCUCCCAGCCGUUGGAACUCUCUGGCUCGUCUACUACCGUACCUACAAGAUGCCCCUUGCAUCCAAGGCUUUGAACGCCAUGAAGAAGAAGUCUAAGGUUACUGGUUAUGACGUUCAAUCACUCAAGAUGACCUUCAAAUACUUCGGUCCUCGUCUCAUCGCUACUACUGGUGGCUGGUUCGCCAACGAUGUUUUCUUUUACGGCAACAAGCUCUUCCAAUCUCAAUUCAUCAAGGUUCUCUCUCCCGAGUCCGCCGCAUCUGGAAACGUCAUGACCGGCUGGCUAUGGAACUUGGUCAACGUCGGUGUUCAACUCUGCGGUUACUACCUCGCAUCCUUCCUCAUCGACCACAAAUUCUACGGCCGCAAAUGGAUGCAACAGAUCGGUUUCCUCAUGGACUUCAUCCUUUUCGUCGUCCCCGCCUUCCACUACAAGUACUACUCCGGCAUCCAUGGCAUCAAGGCCUUCCAAGCCAUGUACUUCCUCUCCGGCUUCUUCAACCAAUUCGGCCCCAACAGCGUCACCUUCCUCGUCGCCGCCGAAGUCUACCCAACCUCCAUCCGAGCCACCGCCCACGGCAUCUCCGCCGCCUGUGGUAAAGCUGGCGCUCUCCUCGCAGCCGUCGUCUACAACUACAUCACCACGCAACAAAAAUUCUACUUCGUCCCCUGGUUCGGUCUCGCCGGCAUGCUCGUAACCUUCCUCUUCCUCCCAGACACCACAGGUCUCGACCUCAAAGAGCAAGAGCGCCGCUGGGCCUACCUCCGCCAAGGCCGCGAAGACGAGUACCACGGCAUCGCCAUCCACCCGCAGCAUCUAUCCCUCUGGGAGCGUUUCCGCGGCGUAGGAAAACACUACAACCCAGAACUCGACCGCGAGCAAAAGAUGGCGGAGCUCCGCGGCGAGUGGGAAGAGAAGGAAGCUGCCAAGCUUCAGAAUCCCGAAGACCAGAUUUUCGACGAUGAGUUUAGCGAUGAGAUUCAUUCUUAUUUCAAGGGGACGAGUACCGGUCGCGAGGGCAAGUUGGCGAGUAGUUCGUCGGAUGAGGGGAGUGCGCAGAAUGAGAAGAUUUCGCCGGUUGUUUAGACUUUCGCUUUUUUUUGGGGGUUUUGGAUAUAGGGUUUUGCUGUUGUUGGAGCGAAUGAGCGAGUGGGUUGUACAUUUGGUUGGAAAG